AUGAGCUCUUCCGACGACGACGCACCUCUUGCGAGGUCUAACGGACACGUUUCUGCAUCGAGAAUUUCGAAAGCCGACGACAUCGACAUGGACAGAACCGCAUCCAAGGCAAGAGCGGCCCCGCCUGGGCUCUCCAUCCGCCAUGGCCCUGUGGACGACGAUACUAUGGAUGUCGAUGGCCCAUCUACGAACGGCAAGCGGAAGUCACGUUCAUCUUUGCCCAAGGUCAAUUACAAGGACGAAAGCGAAAGCGACGAUGACGCCCCUCUGGCCAAGCGACAAAAGACGAAGACCAAGGCACCAGAGACAGAUUCGGAUGAUGAGCCGCUCACCUCAAGGAGGGGUAAGAACCUACCUCCUUCGUACAAGGAGACGGCUCUCCCCGACGAAUCCUCCGACGAUGACCAGCCCUUGGGUGCCAGGCUUGCAAAGAAGAAGGCCGACAUCGAGAAGGCAGCCGCCAAGGAAGCUCGCAGCAUCCGUGCCAACGAGGCUAAGGCAAAGAAGGCUACGCCGAAAAAACCUGUCAAGGACGAAUCAUCCGACGACGAGCCUUUGGCCAAGUCAGCGAUCAAGAAGCGCCAAUCGAACGGCGCCGGGUCUACCAAGAAAAGGCCGAACGGCGUGAAGGCUGAAUCAGAUUCCGAUGAGCCCAUUGCGAAAAAGGCAGCCAAGAGGGCCACCCCAGCCAAGGCUACAGUGGCAAAAGGUAAGGCUGCCGCAAAAGCCAAGCAAGAGAGCGAGGCCCCCGAGGAAGACGAAGAGGAGGAGUACGAGUGGUGGAAGGAUCCCAAGAAGGAGGAUGACAGCGUCAAGUGGACCACAUUGGAACACAACGGAGUCAUGUUCCCGCCCGAGUACCAGCCCCUUCCAAAGAAUGUCAAACUGGUCUACGAUGGAAAGCCAGUCAACCUUCCAAUUGAAGCCGAGGAAGUUGCCGGCUUCUUUGGGGCCAUGCUGAACUCCAAGCACAACGUCGACAACCCUGUAUUCCAAAAGAAUUUCUUUGAUGAUUUCAAGGCUGUCCUGAAGGAGUCAGGCCACGCGACUGACAAACAGGGCAACAAGGUCGACAUCAGAGAGUUCUCCAAGAUGAACUUUGAGCAAAUCUUCCAAUACUACGAGCAGCAGAGCGCCAUCAGAAAGAACCGGUCCGCGGCGGAGAAGAAGGCGGCAAAGGCUGAGAAGGACGAAUUGGAGGCCCCGUUUAUGUACUGCAAGUGGGACGGACGCAAGGAAAAGGUUGGCAACUUCCGUGUCGAACCUCCGAGUCUCUUCCGCGGCCGUGGCGAACACCCAAAGACCGGAAAGCUCAAGAAGAGAGUGUAUCCUGAGCAAAUUACCAUCAACAUUGGCAAGGAUGCCAAGGUUCCGGAACCCCCCAAGGGCCACAAGUGGAAAGCGGUUGUCCACGACAACAAGGCUACUUGGUUGGCUAUGUGGCAGGAAAACAUUAACGGCGCUUACAAGUACGUGAUGCUGGGUGCCGCCAGCGCCAUCAAGGGUCAGAGUGACAUGAAGAAGUUCGAGAAGGCGCGCGAGCUGAAGAAGCACAUCGACAAGAUUCGCAGAGAUUACACCAAGGAUCUCAAGAGCGAGAUUAUGGCUGACCGACAGAGAGCCACGGCCGUGUACCUGAUCGACAAGUUCGCUCUCAGAGCUGGCAACGAAAAGGACGCCGAGAACGAAGCUGAAACCGUCGGUUGCUGCUCCCUCAAGUAUGAGCACAUCACCCUGCGAGAACCCAACACCGUCAUCUUCGACUUCCUCGGAAAGGACAGUAUUCGGUUCUACGACGAGGUCACGGUCGAAAAGCAGGUUUUUAAGAACCUCAAGCUCUUCAAGAAGCCGCCAAAGACAGACGGCGACGACAUCUUCGACCGCCUGACUACGACGCAGCUCAACAACCACCUCAAGAAUUACAUGCCGGGUCUGACAGCGAAGGUAUUCCGUACCUAUAACGCAUCCUUCACCAUGUCCAACCUCCUUCAAAAGCUGGUUGAUCACAAGAACUUGACGAUCGCGGAGAAGGUCAAGCUCUACAACGACUGCAACCGUGAGGUCGCCAUCCUUUGCAACCACAAGCGCACUGUGGGUGCCGCCCAUGAGGCUCAGAUGGAGAAGCUCGGUGAUCGUAUCAAGGGUCUUCGAUACCAGCAAUGGCGGACGAAAAUGAUGAUGCUUCAGGUGGACAGUAAGGUGAAGAAGAAGAAGGGCGCAGACUUCUUCGCUCGUCCGGAGGACUUGACCGACGAAUGGAUUCUUGAACACCAGAAAUUCUUGGUGGAAGAGCAGCGUAGCAAGAUCACGAAGAAGUUUGAGAAGGAUAAUGAGAAACGCCUCGCUGAAGGAGAGAAGCCGUUCCCCGACAAGGAGCUUAAGGAGCGUCUCAAGGCAGCAGAUGAACUUGCGGCGAAGUUCAAGAAGGAGAACAAGUCGAAGAAGGUGGAGCCGGAAGGCCGGAGUCCCUCAAUCGAGAAACUCGACGAACAGGUGAAGAAGUUUGACGACAGAGUCAAGACCUUGGAGCUACAGGCUGCUGAUCGUGAUGGUAACAAGGAGGUCGCCUUGAGCACCUCUAAGAUUAACUACAUUGACCCUCGCCUUACUGUCGUCUUCGCAAAGAAGUUCGACGUUCCUAUUGAGAAGUUCUUUUCGAAGACGCUCCGUGACAAGUUCAGCUGGGCUAUCAAGUCCGUUGAAGAUGAUGACUGGGAAUUUUGA